UCGCCCUCACUGGCCCUCACCUGUAGUAUGCUCCUUGCACUCCCUCUCGCCAUCGCCAUCUCCCGUACUGGCCUCUGUCAGCCUGCAGCGAUUCGCGCCUGCGGCGAUACGCGGGCGGCGAUUCGCGCCUGCGGCGAGCUGCCUGAGCUUCCCGAGCGCGGGCCGGCAAUCACGACCGAUCGUGCAGAGGUGGAGAGCGUGCGUCGUGUGUGGGCGCUCAUAUUCAACCCGCGCAGCGAUAACGAGGGCAUCUACAGCCGCAGCAGCGGCAGCUCCGAGCUAGUUCUCUGCUUUGAGGACGAGGAGGGUGCCGAGCGGUAUGCAACACUGCUCGCGGCGCAGGACUUCCCGGAGGCGACGCGGGUGGCGAUGGACACUUCGACGCUCCUCGAAUUUUGCGACGAGGGAGGCUUCUCCCUCGGCCUCGUCCGCAGCGGGCAGGUUGUGCUGCCACCCGAGGCAAACGUAGGAACGUUUGCGUGGUCCCCGGGUGCGAGCGAGGAGGGUGCGGCGCUGGGCGAGGAGGACCCGAGUGUAGAUGAGUCGAGGCGGGCCCUGGAGAGGCUAUUUUCGCAGAGCUCCGACGACGGGCAGUCGGAGGUCGGACCGGCUGAAUCGUGAAUGAGUGAGUUUCAAGUGUGAAGUGAGUGCAGAGACCAUCUCACGCAGGCCACAGCGAGGGCUCAGCUCCUCAGGGGGGAGCUUUCGAACCUUGUCCUUGAGUAGUCUGUGCUUAAAUAUAGCGUAGUUUC